AUGGCUCAAUUACCCGACCCGACUGCCGACCUUAACUGGUCUGGCUACGCUGGAGCGAUUCACGAGAUUUUCCGCCGACAAGCGGAGGCCAACCCUGACCGCAUCUGCGUCGUCGAGACCAAGUCGUCCACCACGCCCGAGAGGCGCUUCACCUACCGCGAGGUCUCCGAGGCUGUCAACACGCUCGCUCACUACCUCCACGAUGCGGGUAUUACGAACGGGGACGUGGUCAUGAUCUGGGCGCAUCGCUCGGUCGACCUCGUCGUCAGCUUGAUGGGAACCCUGGCGGCUGGAGCUACCAUGACCGUCCUCGACCCUGCAUAUCCUCCAGCAAGACAAAAGAUCUACCUCGAGGUGUCGCAACCUCGCGCGCUGAUCCGAAUCGGCCGAGCAACCGACGAGAACGGCACGCUCGCCCCGUUGGUGCAGAAGUACAUCGACGAGGAACUACAGCUCAAGGCCGAAGUCCCCGAGCUACGUCUUCAUGACGGAGGCUUGCUCACGGGAGGCGAAGUCGACGGCAAGGAUGUGUUCGAGAAGGCCAGACAGUCCGCGACCACUGCACCGCCCGUCAUUGUCGGUCCUGAUUCGAACCCCACUCUCUCUUUCACUUCCGGAAGCGAAGGUCGACCCAAGGGCGUCUUAGGCCGCCACGACAGCUUGGCGAGAUACUUCCCUUGGAUGUCCAAGCGCUUCAACCUCACGUCGGAAAGCAGGUUCACCAUGCUUUCCGGACUGGCACACGACCCCAUCCAGAGAGAUAUCUUUACGCCUCUCUUCCUCGGUGCUAGGUUGCUAGUUCCUGCCAAGGAGGAUAUCCAACACGAGAAGCUUGCUGAGUGGUUCCGCGAGUUUGAGCCGACUGUUACUCACUUGACCCCUGCCAUGGGUCAAAUCCUCGUCGGCGGUGCCACCGCUGAGUUCCCAAGUCUGGAGCAAGUUUUCUUCGUCGGCGAUGUUCUUACAACCAGAGACUGUCGAACUCUUAGGCGGCUUGCUAUCAAUGCCACGAUCCAGAACAUGUUUGGCUCGACCGAGACGCAGAGAGCCGUCAGUUACUUCGAAGUCCCCAGCAGAGCAAAGGAUGCCGACUUCCUGGACAGACUGGGUAAGGAUGCGAUCCCAGCUGGUCAGGGUAUGGAGGGUGCUCAGAUUCUGAUCGUCAACCGCGAGGAUCCGACCAAGCUGUGUGGCGUUGGCGAGACGGGAGAGAUCUAUGUCCGUGCUGCUGGCCUCGCUGAAGGGUACUUGGGGGAUCCCACUUUGAACGAGAAGAAGUUCGUUACGAACUGGUUCGUCGACGCGAACAAGUGGGUGGAAGCGGACAAGCAGAGCGCCAAGGAUGAACCGUGGAGAAAGUACUACAAGGGACCUAGAGAUCGAAUGUACCGCACAGGAGAUCUUGGACGGUACCUGGAGUCUGGAGAUGCCGAGUGCACUGGGAGGGCCGACGACCAAGUCAAGAUUCGUGGCUUCAGAAUCGAGCUCAAUGAGAUCGACAGCAACCUGAGCCAAAACGCGCUCAUCAGAGACUGUAAGACUCUUGUCCGGAGAGAUCGUAACGAAGAGCAGACACUGGUGAGCUACAUUGUCCCCGAGGCAGCCGAAUGGCGCCGUUAUCUCGCCGCCAAAGGCCUCGAGGAUAUCGAAGAUGAGGGCAUGGAAAUGGGCUCCGUGACCAUCUACCUGAAGAAGUACAGAAUGGUGCAGAAGGAGGUGCGAGACCAUCUGAAGACCCGUCUUCCGGCCUACGCUGUCCCAACGAUUUAUAUCGUACUCAACAAGCUGCCACUCAAUCCCAAUGGCAAGGUCGACAAGCCAAACCUUCCUUUCCCUGAUGUUGCUGAGCGUGUCGAGGAUGCUUCAGAGGAAGACCUGAAGAACUGGGAGUCCUUUACCGAUACAGAGCGAGCUGUGGCACAGAAAUGGGCCGAUAUUGUGCCUGGUUUGAACCCCAAGACUAUCCGAUCACAGGACAACUUCUUCGAUCUCGGUGGCCACAGUCUUCUGGCGCAGCAAUUAUUGUUGAAUGUCCGAAAGGAGUUGGGCGCGGAUAUUACUAUCAACAAGCUCUACGAGGCCUCGACACUGGGUGGUUUCAGUGCCGAGAUCGAGAAGCGCAAGCAGCAGGCCAAUGGCGUUGAGGUCAAGGACGUCGAAGAGGGUGACCCGGCUUACGCCAAAUCGCUAGAUGAAUUGACUGGCCGCCUAGCUGCGAAAUACCAGACAGCAGACUUGGAGGCGAUCUCUGCUUCGGAGCAGCUCACCAUCUUCUUGACUGGCGCCACUGGUUUCCUGGGUUCGUAUCUUGUCAAGGAUAUCUUGGACCGUACACGCCGCGGCGUCAAGGUCAUUGCACACGUGCGAGGUGCAAAGGACUCGACAGCUGCGCUUGACCGUCUCAAGCGCUCCCUCGCAGCAUAUGGCCUAUGGAAGGAUGAGUGGUCGUCGAGACUGAGCUGUGUUAUUGGUGAUCUAGCCAAGCCCAAGCUCGGCCUCGAUGACGAGACUUGGAAGACUCUGAGCAAGGAAGCAGAUGCGGUCAUUCACAACGGUGCUACUGUGCAUUGGGUCAAGAGAUACCAGGAUAUGAUGACUGCCAACGUUAUCUCAACCCUCGAUGCUAUGGAGCUCUGUAACGAAGGAAAGCCCAAGACUUUCACGUUUGUCAGCUCCACAAGUGCAUUGGAUACGGAUCACUACAUCAAAUUGUCCGAUGAGCAGACCAGCACUGGUCAGGGUGCCGUCUACGAGAGUGAUGACAUGCAAGGAAGCCGCAGAGGGCUUGGAACGGGCUACGGCCAAACCAAGUGGGUAUCAGAACAGCUUGUUCGGGAAGCAGGCAAGCGAGGUCUUAUCGGAUCCGUUGUGCGACCCGGAUACAUUCUUGGCGACAUGCUCACUGGUGUCUGCAACACCGAUGAUUUCCUGAUCCGAAUUCUGAAGGGUUGCGUGCAACUGUCGGCACGCCCACGCAUCAUCAACACAGUGAACUCUGUUCCGGUUAACCACGUCGCUCGUGUUGUUGUCGCCGCUGCUCUGAACCCUAUUCCCAACGGCGUUCAUGUCGUCCACGUGACUGCGCACCCCCGGCUUCGCAUGAACGAAUACUUGUCCAUUCUGGAGUUCUAUGGCUUCAAGGCCCCUGAAAUCAGCUACGAUGCCUGGAAGUCCGAGCUGGAGAAGUUUGUUUCUGCCGGUGCCGUGGAGAAGGAUCAAGAACAGCAUGCUCUCAUGCCACUGUUCCAUUUCUGCAUGAAUGACCUGCCAGCAAACACUCGCGCUCCCGAGCUGGACGACAGAAACGCCGCGGCGGUGUUGAAGGCCGAUGCCGAGAAGUGGACCGGGUUAGACGAAAGCUUCGGUUACGGUAUCAGCAGGGAGGAUGUAGGAAAGUAUCUGGGCUACUUGACCAAGAUCAAGUUCAUCCCCCCACCUACGGAGAAGGGAAGGCCCCUGCCCGAGAUCACGGUCAAUGCACAGGCAGCUGGUGGACGAGGUGCCGCUUAA